AGGCAUGGUCUGAAAAUGGAGAGUAAUAAAAACCUUUUUGAAUAUGUUGUGGAAUAUAAUUAUGAUGCUGUACAUGAUGAUGAGCUAACCAUUCGAGUUGGUGAAAUCAUAAGGAAUGUGAAAAAGCUAGAAGAGGAAGGAUGGCUAGAAGGAGACCUAAAUGGAAAAAGGGGCAUGUUUCCUGAUAACUUUGUUAAGGAAGUUAAGAGAGAAACUGAAUCUAAAGAAGAUGGCUUGCCAGUCAAAAGAGAAAGGCAUGGAAAUGUGGCCAACCUUGUUCAGCGUAUGAGUACUUAUGGGCUUCCAACUGGAGCAUUCCAGCCUCAUUCCCAGGGUAAAGGCUUCAGAAGAAGGUCAAAAAAGCGUUCAUGUAAAGUUUUAUUUGAGUAUACUCCACAGAAUGAGGAUGAGUUAGAACUGAAAGUAGGAGACAUUAUAGACAUGAAUGAAGAGGUGGAAGAAGGCUGGUGGAGUGGGACUUUGAAUGGCAAGUCAGGCCUUUUUCCUUCUAACUUUGUAAAAGAACUAGAGAUAACAGAUGAUGGAGAAAUACAAGAAAGCCUAGAAGACACAGAAUCUGUUUUUCAUGGACCACAGUCACCUGGAACCUCACCAGGGAAUGGUAGUGAGUCUGCAUUUGCACAGAUAGCACAACCAAAGAAAAUCAGAGGAGUUGGGUUUGGAGAUAUUUUCAAAGAAGGCUCAGUAAAACUUAAGCCGAGAUUGUCCAGUAAUGAUUCAGAAGAAAAAAAGCAAGAUAAGCCAUUACCUAAUCUUCCAUCUGGACCAAAAGUAACCCCGUUCCCUGGUAUAACAAAAUCAGAAAUGGCAACAGAAGUAACAAAAGUAGAAACGGAAAGCAAACAAAAACCUAAAGAAUACUGCAAAACCUCAUUUGCCUAUGAAGGUACCCAUGAGGAUGAACUUAAUUUUAAAGAAGGUGAUAUUAUCCAAAUAAUAAGCAAGGACACUGGAGAGCCAGGAUGGUGGAGAGGCAUGCUUAAUGGUAAAGAAGGAGUUUUUCCAGACAACUUUGCAGUUCAGAUUCAUGAAUCAGAUAAAGAUUUCCCUAAGCCAAAGAAACCACCACCUCCCGCAAAAGGUCAAGGUUCAAAGGCUGACCUUCUGUCUGUGGAGAAAAAGUUUCCUCAUCUCAGGAAUGAAGAAAAGGAUGAAAAACCAGCGUUGGAUCAGAAGACAUGUAAACCAGUGGCUCCCCAAGUUCCACCGAAAAAGCCUGUCCCUCCAAACAAGGCUAAUAGUAUAUUAAAAGCUGGGAUGUUGCAUUCAAAAUGGUCAGAUAAAGCAGUUUUGCAGCCACCAGUUUCUAAGAUAAAUGGGGAAGUUGCGUCCUGGAGACCAAAAUCUGAAAUUGAGCCAGCAGUGAAACCAAAGUUAGACUCUGAACAGUUACCACUGAAAUCAAAAUCAGUAGAGGUAGACUCAGCCGCAGUUCGGAACUUGAAAGAAGCAGAACUUUUAAGUUUUGAUGAUCUAACACCUACCUCAGAUAAUUUAUCACAUCCCACUGCAAAUAGGCCAAAGAUGCCUGGCAGAAGACUUCCUGCUCGCUUCAAUGGCAGUAAUUCU